ACUUACAAAGAAUGAAAAGAAAAGCAACACCUGUGAACCUCUCGUCGAUAGUAAGGCAAAAGAAAAACCCAUCAUCCUCGUUGACUCUCCCUUCCUCCUUGACUCGCAGUUUACCUGCCGACUUACCGUUUUCAGUCGUCUUUCUCAGCCUCUAUCAUCCCUGCUUCAGAUCUCGCAGGUUAACUAUGAACCCACAUUCUUACAAGUUAGUUUCAGAUAUUGUUUGACAAGUUUUCUUACUAAUCAUAAGUCAAAGUCAUAAUCAAUUGUUUAUUUCGCCAACAUGUGAUUGGAUUUUUUUUUUUUUUUUUUUUUUUUUUUUUUUUUUUUUUCUAUUUUACUUACUUUUGUUUAAUAUCAUAUAUCAAUUAGGAUAGCAUACACUCCUUUUAGAGUAAAGUCCACUGUUCCAGAAUCAUGAACUGAAAUUCGUGCAAUUGGGAAAUUUUUCAGCCCUCCAAAAUUGCUUCCUCAAUUCUUUUAUAUUUUCAAGGAAUUUUGAGGAUCUGUAUGUCAAGAAGCUUCUUUUUUCCUGCUUGGAUCUUCAAAUUACUCAUUGUUGAUAUCUAGCGAACGCCUGAAAAUGCCUAUAUCUUAUGCAAUUCCUUUCAUGGAAGGCAAUCGUGGAUUUUGUAGUUAUACCCAGAAUGAGGCAUUAUGUACUGGAUCCUGACAUUGAAGCACAAGUGAGGAAAACUGGUGAAACCAACUUACAUUAUUGAUAACCUGUGGAGUUUCAGAGCUUACUUAGGUACACCUGCAUUUAAGAAGAACCUUUAAAUAAAUACUCAAAAAGGUGGGAAGGGUGACGAGUCAUCAACACACAACUCAUAAUGGUUGUUCUAUCUGAAAUUCCAGAAGGAUCUUCAUCUUCUUCAUCAACUCAUGGCCCUAGUUCAUCAACUUGUGGUCCUAGUUCAUCAACUCAAGAUCAUAGAUAUGAUGUAUUUUUAAGUUUUAGAGGUGUUGACACUCGUCUUAAUUUUACUAAUUAUCUGUAUGAGGCCCUUCUAGAUGCCAAUAUCAAUACCUUCUUGGACGAUGAAGAGAUUGAAACAGGGGAAGAUCUAAAACCUGAAUUAGAGAGUGCAAUUAAGGCAUCUCGGGCUUCUAUUAUUGUGUUGUCUAAAAAUUACGCUUCUUCAACAUGGUGUCUGGAUGAAUUGGUGUUGAUCCUUGAGCAGCGUAUGAAAUACAACCAUAUUAUCAUCCCCAUAUUUUAUCAUGUGGAGCCCACCCAUGUCAGGAAGCAACAAAGUAGCUUUGGAGAUGCAAUGGCUGAGCAUAAGCAGAAGAUGGAGAGGGAGACAAAUGCAAAUAAGAGAAGUCAAUGGGCUCAAAAGAUGGAUAGGUGGAAUAAAGCACUUACAGAAGUUGCUGAUUUAAAAGGGAAGGACGUUACUGGCAGGUUUGAGACAGAGUUUAUUGAAGAAAUUGUGAAGGACGUCUACCGUAGAUUACAUGUACCCUUAAAAAGUGUUCAACCUCUAUUUAUUGGGAUGGACUAUUCCAUUAACUUCAUCACUUCAUGGUUGAAAGAUGGAUCCUCACAUAUAGUAGACAUACUCACCAUUUCGGGUCUAGGCGGGAUCGGGAAGACAUCUUUAGCCAAACAUGUCUAUGGGCUAUAUUCUCAUGAAUUCAACAAAAGCAGCUAUAUUGAAGAUAUCACUAGGAGAUGUGAUGGAAAGUAUAAUGGGCUACUUGAUAUACAAAAACAAUUGUGCGGUGACAUUUCAAAAACAAGUUCAAUUCAAGUUUAUGAUGUUUCAAAAUACACAUCAAUGAUAGAGAACGUAGUAGCUCGUAAAAGGUUGUUCCUUGUUCUUGAUGAUAUAAAUAGCAUUGAUCAGUUGGACGCAUUACUUGGAAGCAAAGGUUUUCAUCCCGGAAGCAAAGUUAUAAUAACAACAAAGGACAAAUGCUUGACAGAGAGUUGUGCACUAUUCAAAACAAACAUUAAACCCAAGCAUGUAGAACACUUCCUUGAAGGCUUAAAUAAGACUGAAUCACGACAACUUUUGUGUUCCCAUGCAUUCAUGUGCAACCAUCCCAAGGAAGGUUAUGAAGAGGUGUCAGGUAAGCUUUUGGAGUAUUGUCAAGGACAUCCAUUGGCUCUUGAAGUUUUGGGCAAGCUUCUUCAUAAUCGAGGUGUGGCGUAUUGGGAAGGGUGCAUGAAAGGGCUAAAGAAAGAAACAAAUGAUCGUAUAAAUAAUGUCUUGAGAAUGAGCUUCAACUCUUUGCCAUCCAAAAACGAUAAGGAAUUGUUUAAGCAUAUUGCUUGUUUUUUUGUUGGAACAGAUAGAUAUGUUAGUGAAACAAUAUUAGAGGCAUGUGAUAUAGACAUGAGAUCCGGAAUCACGAAUCUCAUUGACAGAUGUCUUCUUAGUAUCGGAUGGAAUAAUGAAUUGAAGAUGCAUCAGUUGGUUCAAGAGAUGGGAAGAUUCGAAGUACAUCAAGAAUCACCUGAUAAACCAUGGAAGCGAAGUCGAUUAUGGUGUCAUAUGGAUUCAUUCAGAGUGUUGAAACGAAAAAAGGGUAAGGGAAAUCUUCUAGGCCUUUCCCUUGACAUGCACAUGCUUGAGAAAGAGAAGUUAGGAGCAUCGUAUGAACUGAAAACAGAAGCAUUAAGUAACAUGGAUAAUUUGAUGCUACUGAAACUCAAUUAUGUGUACAUGAAUGGGUCUUAUGAGAACUUUCCAGAAGAAAUAAAAUGGUUGUGUAUGAAUGGGUUUCGUUUAAAGUCUAUACCUUUAGACUUACCUAUGCAGAAUCUGGUUGCCCUUGACAUGUCAUAUAGCAAUAUUGAAUCAUUUUCCGGUUGUUAUAGCAAUCCACACCGACUUGAGAAAAGGCAAAAGUUGGAUGGCUCGUGCUUUAAAGAGAAAAGGUUGUUUGCUUCACUGAAGAUUCUUAAUUUAAGUUUCUGCGAACAACUUCAUAGUGUUGGUGACUUUGACCAACUCCCUGCACUUGAGAGGUUAAUACUUAGGAAUUGCAUUGGAUUGGUUGACGUUUGUGAAUCAAUUCGGCAAUGUGUUGAGCUUAUCCUCAUCGAUCUGAGUUACUGCAUGAAACUUGAAAAACUUCCAAGAAAUAUAGGCAUGUUAAACAAGGUUGAAACAAUGUUGUUAGAUGGUUGUAAUCUUGGUGAAUCUGGAAUCAAGAAUAUGGAUAUGGAUUCACUGGAAAUGUGCACGGUUACCAACAUUGGCAUAAACAGAGUCUUUAUGGGUUGUAUACCACGUGAUUUGAAGUCCUCUGCAAUGUCUUUACCAAGGUCUUUAGUAACGUUGUCACUUGAAGAGAACAAGUUGUCCAACGAAUCCUUUCCCAUGGACUUCAGUUGUCUAUCCAUGUUAAAGGAAUUAUAUUUAGAUGGCAAUCUUUUCAAUUCCAUGCCUAGUUGUGUGAGAACGCUUCCUAGACUUGAAAUACUUAGUAUGAAUGAUUGUAAUUUGAAGUCAGUCGAGUAUCCUCCACGUACACUAAAGAAGUUGUUUCUUGAUGUUGUUGAUGAGCGUAAAAAAUUGAACAAAGUUGUAUUUGUUCCAGACAUGUCCCCACUCCAAUUAUCAAUAGAAUGGUUUGACUUGACAUCUUCUUCACUUGGGUUGAACUGCGAAAUUCAAGGUGUGAUCAAAAUCCAAGAAAUGAUGACUGUUGAUGAAAAGGUGUUACGUAGCUUGGGCUGGACUAAUUUAGACUUCCUCAACGAAAGGCACGUGGGAACUAAUUCUUCAGAAUCUAAAAUCCAGAGGAUGUUUUAUGAAUUUGGAAUAUUCAGCACAAUGUAUGGGGCCAGAAAUAUCAUUUGCCAUCCCAUCCUCAUCAUCAUCAUCAUCUCCAAACAAUCGCCUUACAGGGCUCAACUUCUGCUCUUUGCACACAUUAAAACUUUUUGAUGAGGGGGUGGAUUUAUCAGAUGAUAUUUUCGCUUGGAAGCCAAUGAUGACAAUUAGUAAUAUAACAAAAAACCGUAUGUGGAUAUAUGAACGUUUAGAUGACAGAUUUAGUGAAACUCUGACAUGUUGGGUGGUAUUAAGUCAUUGGAUGUUUGGGAAGAAUGAGAUGGAGGCCGGUGACCACAUUACUAUCACUGUUACACCGGAGUGGCAUGGACCUUUAAUAGUAGAAGUUGUAAAGGAGUGUGGGGUGAGUCUUGUGUAUGAAGAUGGAGAGAAGAAGGAUGAAGAAGAAGAUGUGUUGGGUUAUUACAAGUCAUGGAAUCACAUAAUUGGUGGAGAUCUCUCUUCUUUUCAAACAACAACCGGACAAUACAUCUUAGACAACCUCCGGUUUUUUGAUGAUGCUGUUAGAUUGUAUCCACAUCAUCGUAAAUUUGUUCCAGACGGCCCCGAGGAGCAAG